GCUCUCCUUCAUAAUUCAAAAUGGUAGCUGGUGCCGUUGUGAAAUCAAGUCCUUGGCAUGAAUAUCCCACGUUUAGUUGAAAAUAUUUGGUGAUUUAGCGUUAGUUUACCAAAGAUUAUAUGUUUUUUUAGAUUUUUAUUGGAACGUUAAUUUUUACCACCAUUUUUUCACGUCAAGGCGAUAUUAAAAAGAAGUGUUGCAGAAAUUUAAAAGGUUGAAAUUCCACGUUGUUAAAAGUGGGAGGUGCAUUUUGUUUUUUUUGUUUGCUGCUAGCAGCCGAUUUAUGGUCAUUAGUGGCUCCCAAUGAAAUCACCCAUUAUGGACCAGUCUUAUCAGUCCUAUGGUGGCCUUGAUAGGCCAUUGUUUGGAGAAUCUAGUAACAGAGAAAAAUAUAUCAACUAUGCAUUAGGAAUUAUAACUGUGGUUUUUGUUGUAGCCACAAUAAUUGGAGCAAUAUUACAGUUCAAUGUACCACAUAUCUUCCUAGCUGGAGCAAUCUUGAUGAAUUGUAUCACAAAUAUUUUACUGAUAUAUUGGUAUCGACAGGGAGAUCUUGAUCCAAAGUUUCGCAGAUUAAUAUAUUACAAUACUGUAGUCACUAUCCUUCUAUGCAUUGCAGCAUUUGUGAUAUUUUUUGCAUAAUUAGUAUUUAUUUUGAAAAGCAACAGUGCUACUGCGCCAUGUUUGAUUCAGUUUUGGAAUCGCAAUGGUUGUAUCAACCCUCCUACGCAGAAGUUUUAUUUUUAUAUAUACUUUGGAAGUUUUUCCAAACAUUGCAUUAUUUUCUCCAAAAAGUUGUGUUCUGUUGGUUUAAACAAACAUGCUGAUGUUAUUUUUAUGUUCUGCGAAAACACAUCAUAAAAUAUGCAAGGUCUAGAGGGUUAUUUUUCGUUCAUUUUUUGUUGCAUUAGAGCUUUUUGAAAUUCUCAUGUUGCUUUUAGAAAAUUUUAACCGCGAAUUUUCUUACAUUGCAAAUAUUCGCGAAAAUAAACACAUGCAAAAUUUAAUUCAUUAGCAAAAUGAAUUACUCGCAUAAUAAAUAUUUUUUCUCACUCUCAUAAAAAUGUAAACAGAAUUCGUUUUCUUGCCAGACUGUUAUUAAAAGCUAUUCUGUAAUUGUUGUUAUUUUUAUCGUGCUGCAGCAACAGUUACCAUUUUUGUUUAUAUGAAAUGCUGAGUCAUGACAAGUAAAAUGGUGUUUUCGAUUUUUUUUGUUGCAAAUUGCACGUUCAACUACUGUGUUUUAUCCGAUAGAUAGUAAAAAUUUCCCUUCUCGAAGUAGAAAAAUUCCGUCUAUAUUUUUAGUUCAUGAAGUUCCUACUAAAAAUUUAUUUCAUGAAAUUACUAUCCAUAUUUAUGUAUAAUUUUUUACAUUUUUUUAUACAUCUUACAUAUUUGAGAAAUAGUGUUAGGAAGACAUUUUAAAUUCUUGUAAUAGUUAGAACAUGUGUUUGUACGGUUAGAUGGUGAUUCUAAUAAAAAAUAGAGAUGUAUUUUUAAAUUAUGACUUUUAACCGGGUUGGCUUUAUCCGGGAAGAAGAAAUAUUUUAAUCGUGAAGUUCUUGCGCACAUUUUAAUUUUUGCGCUAGACUGUUACGCAAACAAUUGGUUCCGUGAGAAUGAUAUUGUUGGAGCAUUUCACCGCACGCAAAAAUUAAAUAUGCGCAAAAUCACGAAAAUAAAAGGCGCGAACUUUUGCUAUCAUCUUUGCUAACAUGGCAAGCAUUUCUCUCUUUUAACGAAAAUGAAGAUGGUCGAUAUCGAAACCAUUUGUCACAAGAUGAACAGUUUAAGAUCAUUUCAACAGCAAAACAUCUGAAUAAAUAAUACACAAAACAUCUGAACAAAUAUGAAAAAAAAACCGCCUAGUUGUUCUGACUCAAAAAAUCAUAUAUCUCCAUAAAGCCACCUUCAAUUUUAAAUUUCAAUCCAUCUUUACUUUUAUUUCAAAAGAUUUAUUCUCUGGCAUAAUUUGUUGAUCGUGCAAGAAAUUAAAGUUUAAAAUUUUAAGUGGUGAUCACAAAUAGAUAUGUUUACACAGCUUGGCUAGCAUCUUUAAACCUGAUUUUUUGCUCACUGACCCACCCACGUUAGCCUGCAAUUAGUUAAUACAGUCAAGUUUCGGAUCAUUCUACGCCGGGAGAGAAUAUUGAGUAACACGUUUAACAUAAGAGGGGGAAUAUCUUGUAAAAUCAUUGUGCAGACAGUGGUAUAAAAAGUAAUACAAGAUGAAGAUGUUGAUGCUGGCAGCCACAUUUUUGUUUGUUGUUGUUUCGUGUGAGGAAAAGCCAACGGAUAUUCUUGGACCAAUCCUAGGAAAGAAAUGCUCAUCGGACACUGACUGCGAUAUCAACGAAUGCUGCACUCCAACAUUUGCACUUGGUCACAGAUGUCGAGGACAUCUUUCUGAAGGUUCUAUUUGCGCAACCUUUACCGAGACUGUUCUAAAUCGACUUCAUCGAAGAUGUCAAUGCGAGGCUGGAACAACAUGUACUCACACCUACACAAUUGUUGGCCUGUACAAAGUCAACAAAUGUGUUAAAGACAGUCCAACCACAGUGUAAUUUGAAACUCACUAAAAGAAUAUAAUCAACUUAUGA